AUGAAGGACAAAGUGGGCAUGCUGAACGAAGACAAGAGAAAGCUGAAAGCAGAACAGAUUUCCCUGCAAGAGUCCUGUGAGGAGACAAGGAGGCUCUGUGAGGAGGCCCAUGAGAAGAUCUAUAAACUCUGGAGCAAGCAGCAGCAGUCUCCCACCUGGACAUUCUACUGUAUCCUGGAGAGCCUGGAAUUCUGUGAUGUCACCAGUGUUGUGGCAACGCCAACUGCCCUUGAGGCAUUCGUUCAGUGCCUGUGUGGUUCACCCACAGCCAUGCUGAAACGACUGAACAGGCUGCUUGGGAGACAGGAUGGAGAGCGCAGGGAGGCCAGAGAGAGGCACAGGGAAGAUGGCCUUCAGUCUCCGAGUCACACAUCAAGAAAUAAAUGGUUCCGGAGAAAGCGCAGGAGUGCUGGAAAAACAUCAACCUCAACCUCCGUCAGUGAGCAGGAGCAGAAGAAGAUGAACAAGGUCGAUGAACUGACCCUUCAGCUCCAGAUGAUGACCAAUGAGAGGAAUGAACUUCGUGCAAUCCUGGCCAAUUAUACCAACAAUGAUUUGAACAACAGGCUGAAAUCUGAGCUUGAGGAGCUGAAAAUGGAUCAUCAGAAAGAGAUGUCAGAGCUGGAGAAAUUCCACAAGGAAAUUAGAGAGAGCUCAUACAAGUCCAAGAAGCUGACUGAGGAGAUCAACUCCUACCGCACCCUCCACAGCCAGCUUCUGGGGGAAUGGACACAGAUGAAGGAAAAAGUGGGCAUGUUGAACGAAGACAAGAGAAAGCUGAAAGCAGAACAGAUUUCCCUGCAAGAGUCCUGUGAGGAGACAAGGAGGCUCUGUGAGGAGGCCCAUGAGAAGAUCUAUAAACUCUGGAGCAAGCAGCAGCGGGAACAACAAAGACUGGAGAAACAUCUUCAUUCCCUACUGAAGCCGAAGGAACUGGUUACCCAGCAAAAGGACACGGCAGGAAAGCUGCAGCAUCACUUCGCAGAGUCCCAGACGAGGUCUGAACAUCUCCAGCAUGAACUGGAAGAGACCACAGCCCAGGAGGAGAGGCUCCUGCAGAUGGAGCUGCUGCAGCAGGAGCACUAUGUGCCAGCACCUCUUAAGAGAACUCAGAAGGCUGGAGAAAGCCAGAGACACCUUGAAGGCAUGACAUUCUACACUCCAGGAUCCAGGCCUCCUCUGAAAAAGCCGCAUACUUUCUGCUGUGAAUUCAGCAUUGAGGAAACCAUCAACCUACCAUCAGAGGAUCCAGCCGCAAUCUGAUCCACCUCUGUUGGCUCACAUCCAGAGAAAAGACUACAUCAUAAAUAAGCUUGAGAUUCAGAGGACACCCCAUGAAUUACACAGAAGCCUAACAUCCAUCACCUAGUGGCCCUGGUGUGGGUAAAACAACAUG